AUGACCCACCCCCUCUCUAUCCUGCUGUGCCUCGGGCUGUGUCAGAGCCAGAGGAUGAGGGCACAGGCAGACAUGCUCCCCAGACCCUCCCUCAGGGCAGAGAAUAGCUCUGUGGUGCCCCAAGGGAGAAGUGUGAGGCUCAGGUGCAGGGGGUCUUUAGAGGCUUUUAACUACCGUCUGGAGAAACACCAAGGGUCUAGAAGGAUAUGGAUACUGGAUGCGAAACCCUCUGGAACAGAGGGCAAGUUUCACAUGCCAGUAGUGACAGUGCAACACGCAGGGACCUACUACUGCCGCUACAGACACUCAUCCUUCUGGUCAGAGCCCAGUGAUGCCCUGGAACUGGUGGUGACAGGCCUGUAUGAUCCACCCUCCCUCUUAGCCCUGCCCAGCUCUGUGGUGUCCCCAGGAGAUGAUGUGACACUCCAUUGUCAGUCAGAGGAAUGGUAUAACAUGUAUGUCCUGUACAAGGAUGGAGAAGAGAUCACCCGCGGCAUGGCCCAGAUCCAUGGAAUGGGGUCACAGGCUACCUUUCAUGUCUCUGCUCGGACCUCUACCCACAAAGGAACUUACCAAUGCUACAGUUUUCAAAGUCACAUCCCUCAUGAGUGGUCAUCCCCCAGCAAUGCCUUGGUGCUCAGGGUCACAGAUCCUGCCCCCCAGGAUUACACUGUGGGCAACCUCAUCCGCCUCAGCCUGGCUGGGCUGGUUCUCUUCCUCCUUGGGGUCCUGCUGGCUGAAGCCUGGCACAGCCAGAGGGGACCACUGAGCAGGAGCUCCAGGAAUCCCUGA